AUGUGCAGCUGUUUCACAACCGAGGUUUUGGAAGGAUUCGAUGUGCAGAGAACAAGUGGUCUGGGAGAUACGUUAAGAAAAUAUGGUUUUCUCACUCGAGCAAUAACCCAGUACUACAGAUCUCUGGAUCCUGAAGACAAAGAGAAAAGCUGUGGGGUCUGCUCUCCUUUUGAUGAAUUUAUUAAGAGGUGCCAAGAUUUAGAAAAGAUGACAGUCAGUGAUGUCUUUGCCACCCAACUCAUGCAGGUCCAACAGGUGACAGAGGAGGUUGCCAUCACUGUUCUGGAUUUGUACCCGACCCUGCUAUCUCUUGCUCGUGCAUAUUCUUCACUUGAUGGUGACGUUCGUGCUCAAGAGGAAAUGCUCAAGAAGCAGAGUAACAAUGUAAUCAAUGAAGUUGCUAGUAGAAAUAUUUUCCAACUUAUUUGGGGUAGUUGACUUGCUAAAAUAUUCAAUGAUUCAUGAUCGAAAGAAGUGCAAUUGCUCAUCAUGGUUGAUGCUGUGAAGCCAAAAGGUCAUUCGUAGCAUUUGUCACUAUUGCAACCAUUAGAUUGAACAAUGUAAUAAUACAUGUUGAUCAUUUGUAUAUAAACAUGUUAAUCAAGCA